CUAGCGCCACCCGGCUCGUCCCAAACUGGGAAGCGUCCCCGCCUUGCCGCGCGCAGGACUACAUGUCCCAUGGGCCGCAGCGCGGCGCAGAGCAUGGUGGGGGUUGUAGGCCGCUCGGGCGGCGGCCGCGCUCCCUCAGUGUCUCCGGCCCCGCGACCUGGACUCCAUUUCCCGGCAGGCUCGGGCGCGGGCCCGGGCCCUCUUGGCGGAGAGACAUUUGCGACUCGAGCCGAGAGUCUCCAAGAUGGCGGCGUGGGGAAGGAGGCGCGCUGGCCCCGGCAGCAGCAGCAGUGGCAGCGGCGGUAGGGAGAGGAUCAUCUUGUCCUCCACGGAGUGUUACAUUGUGCAUGAAAUCUACAAUGGGGAGAAUGCUCAGGACCAGUUUGAGUACGAGCUGGAGCAGGCCCUGGAAGCACAGUACAAAUAUAUAGUGAUAGAGCCCACUCGCAUCGGUGACGAGACCGCUCGCUGGAUCACCGUUGGGAACUGCCUGCACAAGACCGCCGUCCUAGCAGGCACUGCUUGUCUCUUCACCCCUCUGGCACUUCCAGUAGAUUAUUCCCAUUACAUCUCCCUGCCUGCUGGCGUGCUGAGCAUGGCCUGCUGCACCCUCUACGGUAUCUCCUGGCAGUUUGACCCCUGCUGCAAGUACCAAGUGGAGUAUGAUGCCUAUAAACUUUCCCGCCUGCCCCUGCAUACGCUCACUUCCUCCACUCCUGUGGUGCUGGUGAGAAAGGAUGACCUGCACAGAAAGAGACUGCAUAACACGAUAGCACUCGCUGCCCUGGUGUACUGUGUAAAGAAGAUCUAUGAACUCUACGUUGUAUGACUUCAGUAGGGAAAAGAGAAACCCACAAAGACAAGUGUAUUAAGACUCCCACAGUAACAUUUUUUUCCCUCUGAGAAGCAGUGGAGACUGGGAAGGCAUUUGGUUUAAUAGAGUUGUUAUUUUUAAAAUAACACAUCACUGGUGCACCAAAGUUUUUCAGUUCUUCAUUACUCUUAAGAUGUGGAUCUGCAGUGGCUUGAGAGCUGUAUGCUAGGCUGUGGGAGCCAAAUCCAGCAGUGGAACGUUGAUGGAAGAAAACUAUAUAAAGGGGGUGUGAAAGGUUUUUUGUUUUGUUUUUUUGGGGAGGGAAAACCUUUAAGUAUAUUGUUUAAUUGUAUACACAGAACCAGCCCAAAGUUAUCAUUGACCAUUAAAAGAUGAGAAUUUCAAA